AAGUGGACAUAGACAUCACAAACCCUCUGCAACAAGGGUUUAAUCUCCCUAGAGAUUUCAACAUUGAUACAUGGGUGGCUUUCAAAUAUGAAAGGUUGUCGGGUUUCUGUUACGCUUGUGGCAGAUUGGGUCAUUCUCAACUUUUCGGCUCAUUUCUCAAAUCCAUCCCAGACAACCUUCCAUACGGACCUUGGAUGCGUGCUGAACACCCGAGCAUGAAUCACUCUCAGACAUUCCUAUCUGUAAACUCACAAAAUAAUAUCCAACGAACAGACAUACGAGCGAGCCGAGCCAUCAUUUCUGAGACCACAAUAUCAUCACAGACUCAAGACCCCCUUUCAACACAGAUAAUUCCAACUUCACUACCGACAAUAGAUGACAUGCAAGUGAUGGACCACAAACUAUCCCCAAGAAAAGAUAAAGGGAAAGCAAUAAUGGUGGAAGAUACACUCGAAAUCCAGGGGCAAAAAAUCAAAGAACUUGUUACGGUGGAUCUUACCAGCGAUAUCGACUCAGAACGCAUACAGGACAGAGGGUCAGAGUCUCCCUUUCAGUUCUUAACCAUGCCAUCCCCAAAACAAUCAGAGAGUCUACAGGGCAGAGGGAUGGAGCCAUCAUUUCCGGUGGCCCGUGUUCUUAACCAUGUUCUUAAUCAGCCGACACCAACCACAACCCAACCGACGGGCUUCAGUUAGAGCAUCCCCAUCCGGAUGUGUAAAGUGCUUUUAUCCCUAAAAUUUGAAGAUUAAAUUUAGGGGAAAUCCAAAACGAGCCUCCCAUCCCAUUCCCUAAAAUAGGGAUUUGUUUUAGGGGAUCCACAGUCAUUCCCCAUAUUUGGGGAACCACUGUACAUCCCCAAUCGCACGAACCCUAAAUCUAUUGCCGUUGGUCCCGAGUUCCUCUCUUCCUCUCGAUUCACAGCAACUACCAAAAUCGCUCGCGCCUACCUUCGUUCAUAGGUAAGGAUUCCAUCUAUUCAUCUUUCAAUCUCAAGCAACUUUUCUAUUUUUGUUUUCACAAAAGCUGGUCGCACAUAUCGUUUGCAGGAGGUUUUGUCAAAAUCCAUUGAGCUCAAAAGCUGUGCGAAAUCAUGAAUCAUUAUCUCCUCUUGAUGUAGUUUUUCUUGUUUGGCUGAUGAUUUUUAAUCGGUUGAUUACAUUCUCUGAAACCCAUUUCCCCAUCUGGGUUUCGGUUCUUCAAGUAAUAUCCUCUCUAAUUUCUGUUUUCACUCGUUGUUUCCAUGAAAUUUGUUUUUUCUUAUGAUAAUUUUUUGCUUUAUUUCCGUUUGUGACUCUCUUCAGAUCUGUCCAGAUUAGAUUUCUUUGAGUUUGAUGAGUCUUGCUUGGUUCUGUUGGGUUUUAGUUUUCAAAUGGAAUACUCUGUGUGCAGCGUUCUCGUAUAGUUGAAUGAAGUUGAAAUUUUUGGGUGAAAACAUAUUUUCUGUGCAAUUCAGAUGAUGUAAAGUUAGGAACAUGUUUGAUGUUGUAUUCAUCAGAAUUUUUGAGCAUGUUUGUCAAGUAUUUUGAUUCGGACUAAGAGGAACUUCAUUUUGAACUUCAUUUUUGAAUAUGAUGUAUUUUGAUUUGGACUAACGUAUAGAGAAUGGGACUUUUCUGAGUUGGUUGAUCUAUAUGUUGAGUUGAUGGUAAUAGAGCUUAUUAUGAGGCCUUGUUGGUUUUGAAGCAGUUUGAUAAUAACGUGAGAAGUUAUUAUCAAUGUAGUCUGUGUUUGGACUUGUUUGAAGCAGUAAAAUAAGUGAUUCAAGUCAACCAGUUUGGACUUGUUUGUGCCUUGUGUUUGCUGGUUUGAGCCAAUAUGGUCUCUUUAAUUAUUGUUCUCAUGGACUGAGCUCUGUUGGUUUGACAGAAUGCGUAUCUGUUUUUAUGUUCUUUUGCAUUUUGCUUGCAGCUUAGUAUUGGAUUUUCCUUCUCUAACCCCUCGGCUGUGAAUUGGUCUGUGCUAUUGGGACCUUUGCAGUGUUUGGUACUGAUGAAUAAUUAUUACUUGUGGGGGAGGGAGGGGGCUGCAUGUCUAUUAUUAGGCUAUGAUGAUGGUGUUUAGUGGGGUAAUUCAUAAGUGUUAGUGGGCCUCAUUGUGAUGGCGGGGUAAUCCUCACCCGAAUGACCAUUUUGCAGUUUGUAAUAUUUUUCACAAAAGGCACGUGGGAUUUGGGUAAGGUUUUGCAGCCAUUUGAUGUUGGGAUCGUGUCUCACACAUGAUGUAAAUUUUGUAAACCAUUCUUAGCCAUAUUUAAAACACACAAGUGUUUAGGGAAGUGGAUGGGAAUGCUCUUAUUAAAACGUUUGCAAACUAAUUAUGUUAUUGGUUUGAGUUGUCUUAACCUCUCGGCUGUGAUGAUGAAAAAAUCUAAAAAUGGUGAUGGAACACUUUCGCACACACCUCCAUGGCAUGGUAAACCGAAUGGCCAAUAAAUAGUGGCAACCGAUUGUUGCAACCAUGUGAGGGAGGGUGCCAAGUGUGAUCAUACGUUGCCAUAGGAUUCCUGAGCCAGCUACCAAAAUCACUUGCAAAUGUAGUUAAAAAUUUUCUAAUAUGUGUACCACAUUUCCAUGUUUAAAAAUUUUUAGAGAUGGACUCAGAAGAGCAUAGAAAUAUGUUCUUCACCAGCCUCCUAACUCAGGAGCCUGAACUUGACCACAUUUAUGUUGGUCAAGGUGAACAUCACAUGACUUUGGAUGACUCUCCACCCCCGCCCCAAGUAUAGCCUCCCUCUCAAAGAAAAUAAGCUAGGGGUGCAAACUUCACCCCCGAAGAAGACAAGUUACUUGUCUCUGCAUGGCUGAAUAGUAGCAUUGAUGCCAUCCAAGGAACGGACCAAAAACAUGCCCAACUUUGGAAAAAAGUUAGUCAAUACUUCAAUGAUUAUAAAGAAAGUACAAAUGAGCGGAGUGUUGGGUCCUUAAUACAUCGGUGGUCUGCCAUUCAAAAGGCGACGAACAAAUUUUCUGCUAAACUCACUCAAGUUGAAGGGCUGAAUCAAAGUGGCAUGACUGAGCAAGAUAAGUUUGAGAAAGCGAAGGUCAUGUACCAAUCACUUGAGAAAACGACUUUUCAGUUCGAGCAUUGUUGGCAGCUAUUAAAGGACCAGCCGAAAUGGAAUCAACGUUACACAAAGGACGGGACAAAGCGAAGGUCGACGAUGUCCCCUACAUAUUCGCGUACAUCAGCAAUGGCAACUAAUUCACCCAUUGAUUCAGUGGGUGGUACAGAGGGCGAGAAUCUGGAAAGUAAUGAUGUCAUCGAAUUGGAUAGGCCAAUAGGGAGAAAAGCUGAGAAAGGAAAACGUAAGGCCCAAGGCAGGGCCUCAGAUGAGCUUGUGGAGCUCAGCAAGAAAAGAUAUAGUCUCCUAGAGGAGUCACGUGCUCAGGAGAAAGAAUUUUUCCGACUCAAGGCUGAGAAGAUGGCAUAUGAACGAGAAAUGGAGGGAAAUAAAUGUAGACAAGAGGACGAGAGAUUAAGGUUGGAGGCGGAGAAACUGGAAAUCGCCCGGUUGGAGAGAGAGGAGCGCAUAAUAUUGCUCGAUGUCAGUACGUUAAAUGAAGUUCAGCAAGUAUAUUUCCAGCAACUUCAAAGAGAGAUAUUGGCGCGACGCAAUGCAUCCUCAGAUUGAGGCAUUUGUUAUUAUUUGUAACUAAACAUUUAUUCAGUAUUAAUUAGACUAUGUAUAUUAUGUACCACUCGCUUGUGACACUUUUCUGCAUUUAUUGUAUUAUAUAAUUUGACAACAUUUGUAAAGUUUUAUUAAGAAGA